CUGGCGGUUAGCUGACAUUAGUGAACACAGGUUUUGUCAACAAAGCAUUUUAAAAAUUUUCAACGAACCUAGUGUUAGCCAGCUGGCUAGCAGGUAAUGAAUCGCGUCAGGACCACAAGACGGAGAAGCUCGACCAUGGACUCCGAAGACAAGCAACGAGUUUUACUUCUCCAAGGAGAAAUUAAGAGCCUGAGCGAAGAGCUCGUUCAGUGUCAGGCAGAUAAGGAGUUUGUCUGGUCCCUCUGGAAGCGUCUCCAGGUUGCCAAUCCAGACCUGACCCAGGCAGUGAGUUUGGUGGUGGAGCGUGAGAAGCAGAAAGCCGAGGCCAAAGACAGGAAAGUUCUAGAGAUCCUCCAAGCCAAAGAUUACAAGAUUCAGGCGCUAGAGCAGGAAGUGACAUCGCAGAGGAAGACGCUGGGUGACCUGACACAGCAGCAGCGUGACAGUGAGGAAGAGCGUGCUGUUAUGAAGAAGGAGCUUGCGGUCCUGCGUCGCAAACUGGGCAAUACGACUCGACAGAUGCAGGAGCGUGAGGAGGAGUGGGGGCAUGUGCGAAGUGAUCUGGAGGAAUCCCGGCGGGUGUUGGAGGAGCAGUGCAGUGGUCUGCAGGGGGCGCUGCAGCGAGCACAGGAGCAGCAGGAGGAGAGCAGGAGGCAGGAGGCCAUCAGCUCCACCAAUGUCAAGGAGCUGCAGGAGGAGGUGGUGAAGACCAGGGCGGUGUUAUUGGAGACUCAGGGUCGCUGUGCUGCUCUGUCUUCUCAGCUCAGUGCUGUAGAGCAGCUUGCCUCAGAGAGAGAGCGGCAACUCCAACAGAUCAGCCGUGAGCUACAGGAGCUGCAGGGUCUCUACACUCAGAGUGUGCAGCAUGCAGGAGAGCAGGCCGAGCUGAUACAGCAGCUGGAAGGGCUCAACCUGGACACACAAGAAGUCCUGCACAGCCAAGAACAGGCGCACAGCACACACACAGCGUCCUACCAGCAGCUCUACACUGAGUUGAGUGUGUCCUACCAGGCCCUGCGGUGCAGUGAGGACAACCUGCGUCAGAGGGAGACGGUCCUCAGCGCACAGCUCCAUCAGAGGGACCACCACAUCUCCCAGCUGCAGGCUGAGCUCCAGCAGUUGAGGGAGAGGAUGUGCCAGGCAGAGGCAGCCUGCCUGCAGGCCCCGCCCCCGCAGCCACAGGCCCCGCCCCCGCAGCCACAGCUCUUUGAGGUGCCCCGACCGGCUGAGGAGCAGCAGCAGUACGAUGUCCUAGACCAGCCAGUCCGGCCUCGUGUUCCUGUCCCCCAGGAUGAGGAGGUGGCAAUGGGCUGUGAGCCUCCGGCAGGCCCCCCCCUCUCCUCCUCCUUCUCCGGAACCCAGGGCUCUGGAGCCACGCGACUCUCCCACCAGCGUUCCAGAUCUCUCUCUCCAGUAAGCAGAGUGGCUGAGAGGAAGAUCCAGCAACUGGAGGAGUUACUUGCUCUCAAGACAGAAGAGAAUGAGGAGUUGAGAGAGGCCCAUGCGAAACGCCACGAUCGCCUGCUUCUGAUCCAAACGAACUACAGGGCCGUGAAGGAUCAGCUUAGAGACAUGGAGGGUUUACAGGGCGUGUGCAAGGGCGGGAGGAGGCGUGCAGAGCCGUGGCAGCUGCGGCAGGAGAACAGUGACGCUGUUUGGAAUGAGCUGUCCUACUUUAAGAGACAGAACAAAAAGCUUCUCGCUGAGAAAGCCCAUCUGGAGGAGGAGUUGGAUCUCACACGUGUGCAGGCAGCCAUGCACCGCACCACCUCCCAUGAACUACGCAUGUGUCUGCAGGAGGAGCAGCAAGAGCUGCAGCGCAGAGAGGAUGAGGAGAAGCGCACGACGAAGGCCAACACUCUCGCCCUACCGUCCGCCCAGAGACUGGAACAGUCUGUUCAGAAGAUUGAGGUAUUGGAGAGGAAGAUGGUUUGUCUCGAGAGAGAGACAGCUCAUCUUCAAGAGGACAAUCAGGCCCUACAGGAAGCCAACCGUCUACUGUCCCAGGACCGCGAUGCCCUCCAGACUGCCCUUAAGCGAGCCACGGCCCGUGAGGAGGCAGCCCAGGCUUGGGCCAGCGCUGAGCGGGAGCGGCUUCUAGGCGAGGCCCAGGCUUUGGAGGCCCAGGUGCAGAGCUCCAGGAAAGAGGCAGGGGAGGCCAUGGGAGCAGAGACCCAGGCCAGGAGAACCGUGCUGAGACUCAGGCAGGAGCUGGGGGUUCUACGCGCGGAGAGGGACUUCCACAGAGCCCUGUCCCACCGCAGGGGCAAAGUACCGUCGGCUUCUGGCCGAGCCAGGCUACCAGCAACCAGACCCAGCCAAACACACACGCGUUUAGAGCACCGUGCAACACACACAUGCACGGAGCACCGCGUGACACACAGCCCAGCCAAGGAUGAGUGGGAGGAUGUUAGUCCAGACAGUGAAAGUGAGGAUUUCUCAGACAGUCUGGAGAGUUGCCCUCCCACACGGAAUCAACGCGCCUCUUUUAAACCAAAGGGCUGCCGACGUGUGCUGAUCGCUACGCGGGACGUGCACGGCUCAACUUCUGCUCUGCCUCGGAGCUCCGCUUCCCUGCGCCCCGUGAGACAGGAUCCGAGGAAGAGGAGCAGGAUGAAGAGCCAGCAUUCCUGUGCUAGGCUCCACCAGAGGCUCCUCUGCCUGCAGCAGCAGGUGGCAGUACUGCAGUCUGCCAACAGGGCGGCGCAGGAGCAGAGUGAGAGGCACAGCCAGGCUAAGACUGAGCUGGACAACCUUGUGCACAAACUACAGGCCAGCAAACAGCUGUCUCAGAAGCAGGCCUGUGAGUUGGUGAAGCUGCAGCAGCAGGUAACUGUCUUGGAGGCAGAGCUAGAGCAGUGGAAGAAGCCACCCCCUUUCACAUCAGAGCACCAUCCAUCUGCAACCCCUCCCACCUUAGACUCCAACCACCCCACCCUCAAAAUACUGGAGGGAGACGUGAAACAGCUCACCAGCAAGCUAAAGAGUGCCAGUGCAGAGGGGAGCAGACAAAGUGCGGUGAUCAAGGACCUCAGGGCAGAGCUGCACGACAGGGACCAUCGUCUCAAAGAACUGCAGGACAAGCUCAGUCACACUGAGAGGGACGUGAUGAUGAAGAGACAGCUCGUGGAAGACCUGCGUAACCGUCUGAAGGUUCUGCAGGACUCUGAGUGCAGCCAUCGUUCUCUCACCGAUGACCUCGAGAAGAAGGUGAAGAGUCUGUCAGAGGAAGCCGCUAAUCGAAGGGCUUUUAUCGAGUCUCUGAAGAGGAGGCUGAACGUAGCCAUGGAGGAGAAGAACCGGCACGAAUCUGCCAGCCAGAAGCUUAAAGAAGACCUGCAGAAGAAAGACGAGAAGCUGACAGCCCUGCAGGCACGGCUGGGUGAAUGUGAGAGGUCACGGGAGGACAUGGAACAGGCAGCAUGUGCACAGGUGCAGGCCCUCACCCAGCAGAGCUCAGACGCCCUGCAGACACUACAGGACAAACUCAGCCUGGUACAGGCCCAAGAACAGCAGCUACGCUCCCUCACACAGGCUCUGGCCGUGGAGCUGGCCCGGGACGUGCGGGAGACCCGGGACCAGCUGAGGAGGAGGAGGAGGGACAGGAAGAAGGACAGAGCAGUGAGCGGCGUGUCCAAGAGGUCCAUGGUGAAGGCGAAGUCCAUCGCUGCGUCCAUUCUCAACAUGACAGAGGUUGACCUCGCCAGCAUGCUGGACACAGAUGAGGAGGAAGAGUGUGGUGAAGAAGCAGAUCGAGAUUGGAUGGAUCGAGUACGACAGAUCCUUCAGCAGCAGGUCCCCUCUGCAGGGCUCCUGCUAGAGUCCUUGCUGGUGAAGAUGAAGGAAUGUAGAGUGCUGACGGAGCAGCUGGUCUUGCUCAGCCCUGCAGUCAGCCAGAACGCCUGACUGCCCCGCCCCCACCCACCAGAGCUCUCACCCUUCUCUCCUCCUCUUGCUUCUUCCCCACUUCCCUUUCUUCUUCUCUUUCUCUCCACUCCUCUUUUCCUGUCCUCUCUUCUUUUUUCUCAUUCUUAGUUUUCAUCAGGAGAGGAUGAAUAGCUCUUAUUGCAUUUAACACAGCUAUGAACUAUCUUAAGGGUUCUAUUAUUUUAUAAAUAUAUUUAUUAAUAAUUGAAUUGGCUUUAUUCAAGUUGUGCAAAUGUGAAAAAUGCAGGACUUCAAAUUCACAGUCAAGUUGUUUACAUAAACGCAGGUGUUUUUUUCCUCCACUCAGCUCUGUGGUCAGUGUGGUCCUCACACUCUUAAGCGACAGUGUUGGCGUUGCCGUUGACAACAUCAGCCUAAUGCGGACACACUGAGAUUGUUGGUGAAACAUCUCAACUUAACAAAAUCACUUACCAGGUGAUUGGACGAAACAGUUCUGGAGAGUUUCGCUGAGUACUUAUACCACUAAGGGCGUAACCCUGUGCUGUUCUGGUACCAGUAAGGGCGUAACCCUGUGCUGUUCUGGUUCCGGUGAGGCCGUAACCAUGAGCUGUUCUGGUUCCAGUAAGGACAUAACUCUGAUCUGUUCUGGUUCCAGUAAGGCCGUAACCAUGAGCUGUUCUGGUUCCUCAUAUUUUCUGUUCCACUGACUGCACUCAGAAAUCAUGGUUCUGUAAAUCUUUUUUUACAUUUUAUGUUUGUGGCUGAAUA